ACUGUCGGAACAGCUUCCGCUCGACUCUUCACGGUCCUCUCGGGCCGCCGCAGUCCCAACUGCUUCAUGCGGCGCACCAGAGGUGGGAGGUGAGAUCUCACGCCAUAUAUAUAGCGCGAGACAUCCUAACAUCAGCAAGCAGUUACCGUACAGCUUCAGAAUGAAGGUCUUCGUUUGUAUAUUGGCGCUAGCCGUCGCAGCUCAUGCUGGAUACAUCGGUGGUGGCGGUGGCGGCUGGUCAAGUGGCGGGGGCGGCGGCUGGUCGAGCGGCGGAGGCGGCGGUGGCUGGAAGUUGGGAGGUGGUGGCGGCGGCUGGUCCAGUGGCGGCGGUGGUUACGGUGGCGGCGGCGGCUACGGGGGCGGCAGCGGCGGACAAGUGAAAAUUAUCAAAAUCAUCACUACUGGCGGCGGCGGCGGCGGCGGCGGUUUUGGCGGUGGUCAUGGUGGAUGGUCCGGCGGCGGCAGCAGCGGCGGCGGUGGCUGGAAACUGGGCGGAGGCAGCAGCGGUUGGUCUAGCGGCGGCGGUGGAGGCGGCUACGGCGGCGGCUGGAAGUUGAGCAGCGGCGGUGGUGGCUGGUCUAGCGGCGGCGGCGGCAGCGGCUGGAAACUCGGUGGCGGCGGCGGCGGCUGGUCCAGCGGCGGCUCCUCCGGUUGGUGGUGAUCUCGACACAUGUGAUGUUAGUUUAAUUUGAAAAAAUAAAAUCGUACCUCUU